UUACAAGAGCAAGUACUGGACAGCAGAAGGCAGCAUCUCUUAGAAAAAGAAAAAUACCAACAUCAAUUGACACAAGUAACAGAAUUUACUUACGCUGAAUGUACGGAACGUGAAGACAACACAGCAACAACUUUUAGCACCUGUCCAUUGUCCCCUUCUAUUUUUUGGUCCUCUAACUGUGCACAGUUUUCAGAAGAAAAUUUCAGUGCAAAACUACUGGGUGACCCUUGGGAGCAGACUUAUGAAGAUAAGCUAAAGAAACAGUCAAGAACUAUUUCUGAGCAAGACCCUUGGAUUUCAAAUCACUCAAGCCAAUGUAUUUUCAGGAAGUCUGACACAGAGCCUCAGGAUCUACUUACGCCAUCGCACAGGCUAGACUAUAUGAAUUCUGCCAGGAAAGACCCAGUGAUAAUGGCCAGUAAAGAAUCAGAAAGCACAGAAGGAAUAAAAGAACUAUUGUUUGGUGUCAUGAAAGAAACUGCAGACCUGAGAGUUCCUCAAGAUGAAACUGAUUGUCCUUUUCUGGCCCUGUUUGGAGAUGAGAGCCAACCAAUCUAUAAUAAUGCUUCCACAAAGCAUUGUCAUCCUUUUGUUAACCAAGACACUGCUCCCGUUUUUCUCAUUGAUCCCGGUGAUAGAAAUCAAAUGACCAACAGAAACUGCACAUACAAUGGUGGAGAGGCUCAUCCUGCAAUUCAUGCAAGAAAAAAUUCCGUAGACAGACACCGUAAAGGGCUUCUCACAGCUCCAGAACAGGUUUUAUGUGAAAACAACAACGCACCAUUUGCAAACUACAAGAGAAACAGCCUUCAUAAAACCCACCUUCAGGGCUGUCAUGAUGGACAGCUGUACUUAAUAUCGCCUGGGAGCAAAGAGAAACCUUCAACAUCUGAAAGAAGUGAAACAUAUGGUUAUUAUCGUGAUCAGCAGAUUAAUUUAAAGGAGAACAUGCAGAACCAUUCAAGAAAUAAAAGAGAUGAACCUGCGAAAGAAUCGAUCUGGAAACAGACCCAGCUUUUUGAAUUAGAAGAGGUAACUUUUUAUAAACGUUUUUGCAUUACCUACUACCAGAGUGUUUACAUCAUUCGUUUAGAGUAGAAAAGAAGUAUCCAGAACAGUUAGAAAUUGAAAUUACUUUAUCUGAAUUUACGUUUGUGGAAUCUCCUUUUCUUUGUUGCUUUAUAUGGAAAGUCCAGAAAGAACAAUUUCUAGUUAAAUGGUUCAGUCUUUUAGUCUUUUAGGUCCAUAAUAGUCUGAUUCACAUGCAAGCUGAUGCCUGAAAUACAUCUUACAAGGUACUCUUUACCCCACUUUAUGAUUCUGAGGCAGUGUCCAAAGACUGUAUGGAGGAUAUUUCAGUAUUGUAAUGAAGUUUUCUGCCAGUAUAUACAUAAAAUCUCCUGUAGAUGUUUUGCCCACAGCUGUACUGCUCAGGGGUUUUGUAUUCCUUAACACAGUUUGCAGUGAACUCAAGGUGUACUCCUUCGUGUAGUAGAGAAACUGAAUGUUCUUCACUUAAUUAACCUGGGGCACUGAUCCUGCUCACUCAUUAUUAAUGCUUGUUUUUGAAAGUUUGCAAAAGCACAGCGGGAAGAGUACAACUCUGGAGUGAGUUCAAACCCUCACAGGAUGGAGCAGGGUUAGUAUCAUUUGGAUACCAUUAGGUACACAUCAGAUUUUUUCUCUACUUAUGAAAAUGAAACUUACUUUUAAAUCCAGGGAAAAGUAUGUUCAACUUUUUAGGAUGUUACAUUUUAUGAGCACUUCUAUUUUUAUUCACUAGCAUUACCAGGUAGCUAAGUAUUCACUUUCCCUUGAAGAGAUAAAUUCAGAUUAACUUAUGUCUGGUGAGUGUUAUCCACGUGUUUUUCAUUUGGGCCCCUUAAACUGCUAAGCCAGCUCUGAAAGUAGGGGGAGCUGCAAACAAACAAACUAACAAAUAAAUAAUAAUUCACCAGUGAGAUCAGGUGUGUGUUUGUCUGAACACCAUUUCUCAUGUUUAUGAACACUGGCAUCUUGGAACAGUACGUAGCUGUAUGGGUCAGCUGUUCCAGCUGCAGCUCAGAACAGAUCUCCCAGGAGCCUCCCAGACAAAACACAGCCUAAAGCCCAUAUAGUUUGUAUGGUAGCCAAUACGUGCAGGGAUUUUGCCAUAUUCUCUCCCUACCUCUGUCCUGCAGAACCUCUUGGGUAGCACAGCUUUGUUGCUAGUGCAGGCUGACAGCACAGCUGGAGCUUUGGGACACCCAUCUCACACAUUCAGUCAUGAUAAUUUGUCUUGAGAGGAGGAGAACUGGGUAUUACCAUAACCCAAUUUGACUUUGCUAACACUUUGUUCUUUAAAUGAUAUCUUAAAACUGCUUCAGAAGUAGUGAUCACGCUCAAUUUUGCAUGCUAUAAUUGGGAGCUGGAUGUUUGGGAAAUAUUUAGUAACUUUUCCUUCUGCUGGAGCUCAUUUUUCAGAUGUGGAGUCACCACUCAGCAGCCCAUCUCCCAGUUACUCUCCAAGACAGACAGAAAGCUGCCUCAGCUCCAGUCCUGACGUGUCUGAAGAGGAAGAUGCAGCCAGAAAGAAGAAAUAUGUGGACAAGCAGCACCUCCAGGCAGACAAUGUCAACCUCAUCUCAGCCUCUGAAAGCACAGAGCCCCUCAGGGCUUCUCAUAAUGGAGCUGUGCCUCCCCAGCCCGCCAGCAGUCAGGCUAUGCAGGGAGACGGCCAUCUUCAGCAGAAACACUGCAUUGCACACAGCAGAGAGGGAAAGAAAGAGCGCGCCGCUCCACGGGAGGGCAGCUUGGUGCCCCAAACCCGUAAGAAAGCACAAGUGGUGCAGAGCGCGAGGUGCGAUGUUUGGGUGCAGACCGAGAGCUCUGGCCCGCAGGCAGGGAAAGUGGAUGCGGCCACGCAGUGUGACCCCACGCGGGUGUGCAGCUGUGGGCGCUCCCUGCCCGCUGCCCGCAGCCCGCAGGGGCUGCAUCCUCCCGGCACCGCUGGAGGGCACAAAACGCCUGAGCAUGAGGCACUGCCGCCCGCACGCAGCUCGGCGGGGACGGCAGCGCUCUCCUCUGAAGCCCGGUACCUCGCUUUGGCUGACGGAAGAACGCUAGACAUUCUGAGCUACAUUGAUACAAUGAAGGGGAGAGAAGACCAGCUGAUACGGCAUGGAAAGAAACAGAAAGAGUGCUUCCAAAUUUUGUCCUGUUCCCAGUAGGUUUCAUUUAACAGGUGUAUUUUGGUUUUUCUAACCUGACUUGAAAAACUAUCGUUUGUAGUCUGUUCAUUCAUAAACUACGGAUCUCUGUCUAUCAACUGCCAUCUCUGACUUUCUGUAGAUCUCAAACUGACAGCAUAGGAUCAAUUUUAUGAUAGCUUAAUAAACAUAAACUUUAGGAACUAGAUUUGCUUUCCCACUUGUAGGGUUCUGGAGUUUGAAGGUGACUUUGCUUCUUUUGAAAGGAGAGGAAAGAUUCCAUUUCACUUCAAGGCACAUCUGAUGUGACUUAAUUCUCACCCAUUUUAAGAGGCAAAGCAGUCUUUGGUUUGUACCAAAUAUCAAAAUGGAAAUAUGAAAAUGAAACAGAAAGCACACAGCAGCACACAUAAAGUCAAAUGCAAUUUUGAAAGAACUAAUUUAUUCAUUUUUAACAAAAAAAAAAUCCCACCAAAGCCAAACAAAAAUGUCAGCAGAAAGAUUUAAACUUCUUCCCACAGCACAUCUAUGGAUUCGUUCUCUGACUUCUAACACUGACAAAUAUUUUAUGUGUUUCUAUGU